CUGCGCAACGUCUUCUAAAUCGCCAGGCAUCGAUCACUUCAGUCUUUCGCCCCUCAACAUCAGCUCUUCGCUCAACCAAACGACAGCACGUUCUCGUCAAGAUGCAAUUCGCACUCCUUCUUACGAUCCUCCCCACGGUGGUCAUUAGUGCCCCUCUGGUCACUCCUCGUGCCGGAACCGUGAUUCCUGGAAAGUAUAUUGUCAAGUUCAAGGAGGCCGAAGUCUCUACUGCUGCCGUUGAGAGCGCCAUUGGACUCUUGAGCAAGACUCCCGAGCAUGUCUACAACAUUGGAAAAUGGCAAGGCUUUGCUGGUGAGAUGAGCGACGAUGUUGUAAAGACCAUCCAGGCUCUACCCAAUGUUGAGUACAUCGAGAAAGACGCUAUUGUCAACGCUUUCGAGGAUGAGGUCCUCGAGAAGAAGGCCAUUGUCUCUCAGACCGGCGCUCCUUGGGGUCUUGCCCGCCUUUCCACCACCUCUACUGGAAGCACUACCUACAGAUACGACGACUCUGCUGGUGCCAACACCUGCGCUUACAUCAUUGACACUGGUAUCUACACGGCUCACCCUGAAUUCGAGGGCCGUGCUACUCACCUUGCCAACUACGCUGGUGACGGCUCCACCGCUGAUGGCAACGGCCACGGCACCCACGUCGCUGGUACCAUUGGUAGCAAGACUUACGGAGUCGCCAAGAAGACCAAGCUUUACGCCGUCAAGGUCCUCAACGCUGCCGGUUCCGGUUCCAACUCUGGUGUCAUUGCUGGUAUCAACUUCGUCGCAUCCGACUCCAAGACUCGCUCGUGCCCCAACGGAGCUGUUGCCAACCUUUCCCUCGGUGGCAGCAAGUCUACUUCUGUGAACUCCGCUGCUGCAAGUGCUGUCUCCGCCGGUGUCUUCUUGGCUGUCGCUGCUGGUAAUGAUGGUCGUGAUGCCGCCAACUACUCCCCCGCCUCCGAGCCCACUGCUUUCACCGUUGGUGCUACCGACAGCUCUGACAGGAUCGCGUCCUUCAGCAACUACGGUUCCCUUGUUGACCUUUUCGCGCCCGGUGUUUCUAUUCUCUCCACCUGGAACAACGGUGGCACCAACUCCAUCUCUGGAACCUCUAUGGCUACUCCCCACGUUGCUGGUCUUGGUGCUUACAUCUUGGGACUUGAGGGCAAGAAGACCCCUGCCGCUCUCGGAUCCCGUCUCCAAGCUCUUGCCCAGAAGUCAAAGAUCUCUGGCAUCCCAUCCGGAACCACCAACUCCUUGGCCCAGAACGGUGCCUAGAUUCUCCGCUAAUCUAACGACGCGCAUGUGCAUCUAAUGUUGAUAACGAUGGCGACGAUGUUGAUACGGAGGGUGUAUUUCCAUUUACUUUGUUCGGGGACCUCAUGCAUUCGGGAGAAGUGUUCCUCUGCAUUUUAUUAGCAUAUCAAUCUACCAUCUUCACCGCAACUUCUUGAUCCGUUAUCGUUGCUGCAGUGCUUCGAUGUGCCGAUCAUCUCCAAAUUAAUGACCUCACGAUUCCUGCAUCAGCACUCUCGGACUAACCUUGACAGAAACUCCAUCGCAAUCUCGAAACGAUCUCUCAUUGGCGCGGAAACAAUCUCUACGCUGAGCGGCAUGUGUUGGGCUCAAGAUAUCGUCUUUUCUUUAUUCUCGAACCACCAGGAAUUAUUUAUCUUAUCUUCUCUUCGACGCAGUAAGACGAUAACACAACUGACUAGUCGACGCAUGCAAUGUUCAACCAUUUCACUGAGGUAUCAUUUACCGACACGACGACUCAGACGUCGCGCAGGUACGACGCAGUAUCACGUUACCUCGAGAAAGCCCCAGUCUACACUUCUCGAAACCAGUAGCCACUUCCAGUCACUUUACCCGCAGGCCCGUCUCGAACAGGAAAUGCUGGCUGACGAAUUCCCCCCCACAACGCGCAAAUCGCGAAUGACGCAACCAACUCUACCAUUGAAAAAGAAGCGUGGCUGACAUCCUUUGUGUCGCGCAUGUUUCAUAGUGAGCAGAUAUCUUGCUUUCGAUCUCAGAUCAAAAAAUUGAUUCGGGUCGGUGAGACGCGAAACGUGUAAGGCUCUCAUGAGUGCGCGUAUUGUUGCCUAUUCAAAGCGUCUAGAACUACUCUAUUGCUCUCCGCGCAGGUACUACGGGGGACGAGCCAGAAAUGGGGGAUUGGGGGGAGGUCGCAUGAUACUUCUUACCACGGGAGAACGUGUUGCUGGGUCAGAAACGCCUAUCGAAACCGUGCGUACAGCAACACAUCUACAUGCGAUUUUCUUGAGUUUUGGCCGGGAAUUUGAGGUGAAAUUCUCAAUCACUUGGUCGAUCUCGACAUUGGAGACCGUGCAUAGUAGAGUGGAUGCCGUGUUAGCGACUUGGCUGUUGGCGAACGCGUAAUGUAAUGUAAAAUGCUCAUCUUGCAGAUGGAGAUCAGGACGAAUAGGUAUGUAUUCAUGUAUAUCUU